AUGCGUCUUACUGUCUUGUCCGCGGCCUUCCUGGCUAUCGCACAGAAUGUGUAUGCGUUUCCCAUCGAGGCCGAUCAAGCAUCCGCCCUGGAUGUCACCUUGAGCCGGGUGAGCGAUACUCGCAUCAAGGCUGUCGUGAAAAACACCGGUGCCGAGAACGUCACCUUUGUGCACCUCAAUUUCUUCCGUGACAGCGCUCCCGUCAAGAAGGUUGCGGUCUACCAGAAUGAUGAUGAGGUCGUUUUCGACGGAAUCAAGCGUCGCUUCCAGCUUAAGGGGCUCGAGUCGGAUUCCCUCACAACUCUGGGUGCCGGAGAAGUUUUGGAAGAUGAGUUUGACAUUGCCGAGACGACUGAUCUGUCCAACGGAGGCGCCGUUACCCUACGUUCCAGCGGCCUAGUUCCGGUGGUCAGCGAAGGAUCAGUGACUGGGUAUCUGCCAUACAGCUCGAACGAUCUGAAAAUCGACGUGGAUGGAUCUAAGGCUUCCCAGGUGACCAAGGCGCUGAAGCCGCUCGACCGCCGCACCAAGGAGAGCUGCAGCAAUGCCAGCCGUAAGUCGGCCUUCGAGACAAGUCUGGCUAACACGGUCAAGUUGGCCAAGGCCGCCGCAACCGCGGCGAAGUCCGGAUCAGCCUCCAAAUUCAGUGAAUACUUCAAAACCACCUCCAGCUCGACUCGCUCAGUGGUUGCGGCCCGACUGACCGCCGUGGCCAAUGAAGCGGCAUCGACCAGCUCUGGAUCGACUACUUACUACUGCAGUGAUCCCUAUGGGUACUGCGAGACCAACGUUCUGGCAUACACGCUGCCCUCCCGCAAUGUGAUCGCCAACUGCGACAUCUUUUACUCUUACUUGCCGGCUCUGGCCAGUACCUGCCACCAGCAGGACCAGGCCACCACCGCCCUGCAUGAGUUCACCCACGCACCGGGUGUGUACAGCCCCGGUACUGACGACCUGGGAUACGGCUACUCGGCUGCCACCUCUCUCAGCAGUGCCCAGGCUGUGCUGAAUGCAGACUCGUACGCCCUGUACGCCAACGCAAUCAACCUUGGCUGCUGA